CUCAACCUUUCUAAUUACUUCAACACACACUCUAACACUCUCUAAAGGGACACCAUACUACGGUGCGAUCUACUCCAUCCACACCAGCCCACUAAAAUGGCCGACCCCACUCCAGCCCAGACACCCGCCCCACCCCUCCGCCAAAUCCCGCACACCACACUCUCGGCCUUCGUGCAGCGCGUGCUGGAAGGCAACGGUGUCUCAGCAGCCGACGCAACCAUCAUCGCAAACUGCCUCAUCCAAGCAGACCUGCGCGGGGUGGAUACACACGGCAGCAACCGGAUCCCGUCGUACAUGGCGCGUAUCCGACAGGGAGUCCUCGACGCCAACGCAACCCCCACGCUGCAGCAAGUCACGCCAGUGGUCGCCCAAGUAGACGGGCACAACGCCUUCGGCUUCGUAGCCGCACACCUGGCAAUGGAGCGCGCGAUUGGGAUGGCGCGCGAAUUUGGCAUCGGGAUGGUGUCCGUGAAACACAGCAACCACUUCGGCAUGUCGGCGUGGCUGGUGCAGCAGGCCGUCGACGCCGGUAUGUUGUCGCUGGUCUUCACGAACUCGUCCCCUGCGCUGCCGGCGUGGGGCGGCCGCGAGAAACUCAUGGGUGUCUCGCCCAUCGCGUGCGGUGCGCCUGCUGGCGUCGCGCCGCCGUUUAUUCUGGACAUGGCGCCUUCGGUUGCCGCGCGGGGCAAGAUCUAUAAGGCGCUGAGGCGUGGGGAGAGGAUUCCUGAGGACUGGGCGCUCGAUGCUGAGGGGAAGCGCACUACUGAUCCGGAACAAGCGCUGCAGGGGACUAUGCUCCCUAUGGGUGGGCCGAAGGGGUCCGCCCUUGCUAUCAUGAUGGAUGUGUUCUCUGGUGUGUUGUCGGGUAGUGCGUUCGCUGGCGGUGUGACGAAUCCGUAUGAUCCUAGUAAACCGGCUGAUGUUGGCCAUUUCUUAAUUGCGAUUAAGCCGGAUUUGUUUAUGGGACUAGAGGACUUCAAGGAACGCAUGGAUUACUUGUAUCAACGGGUCGUCGGCUGCGAGAAGAUGGAUGGCGUCGACAGGAUCUAUUAUCCCGGUGAGAUAGAGUUGCUGUGUAAGGAGAAGAGGGAGAAAGAGGGCAUUCCUCUGGCGGAGGCGGAGAUUUCGGCCUUGAAUCGCGAGGCGGAGUUGGUUGGCGUCGAGCCGUUGGUUUAGUGGGAGGAUUGUUGGAGUGUUGAAUGAAGGUGUUGGGGUGAAAUGUUGUAGAUGGG